GCUAAGUUACAAUGCCAAACAAGAGGAAACUUGGAUUUGCCGUGUGCAAGAUAGGAAACAUUGCAUUCCCGAGCUUUCUUCUCAACUUUGAGGAUUACAGUUACCAGUGUCUGAUGCUGUUGGUAGGCUUUUAAAACGGAAGACUAUCACCACUUUGUUAAGUCAGAAUUGGGAAUACAAGACUAUGCACCAUGACCAAAAGAAAAGGAAACACAGGGACAAAGGUGACACUUAAGGAUGCCAAAAAGGCCAUACGGAUGAAACCCGACGGGUGGCGCCGGCUCACACUAAGCAACAUGGGCAUUACUAUCUUCCCGCAGUGUAUCCUCAAACUGACCAACAUGGAUGAGUUGGAUCUCAGCCGCAACCAGAUUCAAAAAAUCCCAGAGGGUAUCGGGAAGUUGUCAUCGCUCAAGUGGCUGGACCUGCAUAGCAACAAGCUGGAAUCUGUGCCCGAGUCCAUCGGUAAACUGGUGGACCUGACCUAUCUCAACCUCUGUAACAAUCGUCUCACCUCGUCAGGUUUGCCCACGACGCUGGGCUCUCUUACAAACCUGACGAGUCUCAAUCUGGGAUUGAACAAGCUGGAUGCCCUGCUUCCAACUAUGGUCCCUCAGGAGAGCCUCCAAGAGUUAGGCUUGUUUGACAACCUCUUCACCAUCCUCCCAGACUUUGUGAAAGCCCUCCACAAUCUGACUAAACUGAACAUAAAACGAAACCCAUUGCUGAAAGUGAAGGAGGCCGGUGAGGAGAUGGAAACUGAAAAGUCAGACGAGGAGGAUGGCGUGUACCUCGUCCACGAGAGUAGACUGUGUAAAAUGUGCCUGAAAAUAUGUAAAGACCCAGGAGGACGGCAUUUGAGAGGGGAUUGUGUGAGGGAGAAUGAGUAUGAGGACACACGGUCUUACUCGGGCCUCGUAACGCCAAACUCGGUCGCUGCGGUCAAUCAAGAUGUGUGGAGAGCUAAGAACCUCGAACAUUAUCAGUCUUUCGAAAGCAACAUUUGAUAUGUUUUGACCGGUACAAGUCCGAAAGCAUUUUCUCUGUCAAUAAAUCGCUGUUUAU